UUUGCUCUUCAGAGGAAAAAAAAAAAAAACUAAAAAACAAAAAAAAAAAGAAAAAAAUUACCAAAAAUAACCAAAAAAAAAGUUGAAUAAAUAUUUACAAAAAUAUCGAAAUUCACAUUCCAUUUAUAUCAAGGCACACUCCAAACCCUAGUUUUUAUCUGUAAUCGUCUCGGCUUCAGAUUUUUUUUUUUUUUUGGUACAGUUUGAGGAUCAUUCUUCUAGUUUCAAUUUUUGUUCUUGUUGUUCGGUUUGAUUGAGUGAGAGAGGGAGAGAUGGCAACAGCGGGAGUAGCCGCGGCAGGUACGGCGGUGGCGACGGCGACGGCGGCGUUCGGAAAUGUGUCGCUGUACGUAGGGGAUCUGGAGGAGAACGUGAACGAGAGCCAAUUGUAUGAUCUGUUUAGCCAGGUGGCUCAGGUGGUCUCUGUUAGGGUUUGCCGUGAUCAAAACAAGCGAUCUUCGCUCGGUUAUGCGUAUGUCAAUUACGCCAAUCCACAAGACGCUGCUAAUGCCAAGGAGAUUUUGAACUUCACUCCUCUCAAUGGGAAACCUAUUAGGAUUAUGUAUUCUCAUCGAGAUCCCAGCAUCCGCAGAAGUGGAUAUGCCAAUGUUUUUAUUAAGAACCUGGACGUAUCAAUUGAUAACAAGGCAUUGCAAGACACUUUUGCUGCCUUUGGUAAUGUACUUUCUUGCAAAGUCGCUCUUGACAGCACCGGUCAGUCGAAAGGAUAUGGUUUUGUGCAGUUUGAAAAUGAGGAAGCUGCACAGAAUGCGAUUCAACGGUUGAAUGGCAUGUUGUUAAAUGAUAAACAAGUUUAUGUUGGUCUUUUUGUUCGACGCCAAGAGAGGGCUCAUAAAAGUGUUUCACCUAAGUUCACUAAUGUUUAUGUCAAUAAUCUCUCUGAAAUCACAACUGAUGAGGACCUUAAGAAAGUUUUUGGCCGUUAUGGUACCAUCACCAGUGCAAUAGUUGUGAAGGACUCAAAUGGAAAGUCUAGAUGUUUUGGUUUUGUAAAUUUCCAGAUUGCAGAUUCUGCUGCUGCCGCAGUGGAGAAGUUGAAUGGGACCACCAAUGGUGACAAGGUUUGGUACGUGGGCAGAGCACAAAAGAGAUCUGAGAGGGAGGCAGAGUUGAAAACUAAAUUUGAACAGGAAAGAAUCAGUCGAUACGAAAAAUUGAGAGCUGCUAAUUUAUAUCUGAAAAAUCUGGAUGACAGUGUAAAUGAUGAAAAACUGAAGGAAUUAUUUUCUGAAUUUGGAACUAUAACAUCAUGCAAGGUAAUGCUUGAUCCGAAUGGGGUGAGCAAAGGCUCUGGUUUUGUUGCCUUUUCUUUGCCUGAGGAAGCUACAAGAGCUUUGAAUGAGAUGAACGGAAAGAUGAUUGGCCGGAAACCUCUCUAUGUUGCUGUGGCCCAACGCAAAGAUGAAAGAAAGGCUCGGCUGCAGGCACAUUUUGCUCAAAUCCGAGCACCUGGUGCAAUGUCACCUCUGCCUUCAGGAAUUCCUGGGUAUCAUCCUGGGGCACCUAGGCUUGGUCCUCAGCAGCUUUAUUAUGGUCAAGGUACUCCUGGUUUAAUGCCCCCUCAGCCCGCGGGAUACAGUUUUCAGCAACAAAUUUAUCCUGGAAUGCGUCCUGGUGGACCAAAUUUUAUAAUGCCAUAUCAAAUUCAAAGGCAAGGACAGCCAGUUCGGCCAAUGGGAGGUGUGAGACGAAGUGGAAACCCCCAACAAAUGCAGCAGUCGCAGGGACUUAGAUACCUGAACAAUGCAAGAAAUGGAAUCGAUCCAUCUGUUGUUUCAAUGAUGCCGAUGUCCUUUGAUGCUUCGGGAAUGCCUGUGACUCCUAUUGAAUCCCCGCGACCUGGGCCAGUACCAAUUUCAACGCUUACAUCUGCUUUGGCAUCUGCCAGCCCAGCUGACCGCACGAGGAUGCUUGGUGAACAGCUUUAUCCCCUUGUGGAGAGUGUUGAGCCUGUUCAUGUAUCGAAGGUGACUGGAAUGUUGCUGGAGAUGGACCAAACAGAGGUGCUCCAUCUUAUCGAGUCUCCAGAAGCUCUGAAGACGAAGGUGGCUGAGGCCAUGGCUGUUCUUCAGGAAGUUGCAGCAAGAUCUGAUGUUAACGAUAAGCUUGGCUCGUUGGCGCUGAAUGAAUGAAGUGCCUUUGAUUCUUCUUGGUAAAUACAUUGAUUUACAGGUUCCUGGUUUCGAGCUCAUUUUUUAAGGGCUGAUGCGCUGUCAUUGUUUCUGGGGUUUUCACCUAGGCUAAUUUUCUAGGUUUUUUUUUUUCCUUUGUGUUUGGUCAUUAACUUCCAGCAACUUGAUUGCUGCAAUUCUUUUAGGCUUUUGAUUCAGUAUGGAGUUUACUAAAGGUCUUAAGUUUUAGGAUUAUUAUCGGAUGUGUUUCCCUAUUUAUUUUUGCACAGAAUGUUUUUAUAUGAUUAACAUUAUAGGAUUUGAUUUGGGAUAUUGGUAAUAGUAUUUUAAUCUGACAUGUUCAUGUUUGUUU